AUGGCCAAGAUAAAGAGGAGAGGCCAGGCCGGCCAGGCCAAAAACUACCUGACGCGCACGCAGGCGGUCAAGAAGCUGCAGCUCAGCCUGCCCGACUUCCGCAAACUCUGCAUCUGGAAGGGCAUCUACCCGCGCGAGCCCCGAAACAAGAAGAAGGUGUCAAAGUCGGCAACGGCAUCAACCACCUUCUACUACACCAAGGACGUCCAGUACCUGCUGCACGAGCCGCUGCUGCAAAAGUUCCGCGAGCAAAAGGUGCUCGAGAAGAAGAUCUCGCGCGCCCUCGGCCGCGGCGACGUCACGGAUGCCUCUCGCCUCGAGCGCAGCGCUGCCCGCCCCGACAAGACGGGCAAGCCGCGCUACACGCUGCACCACGUCAUCCGCGAGCGCUACCCGACCUUUGCUGACGCGCUGCGCGAUCUGGACGACUGCCUGUCUAUGCUGUUUCUGUUCGCCAACCUGCCGUCGACCUCGGCCGUGCCCGCCAAGAUGAUUGCCCGCUGCGAGCGCCUGUGCCUCGAGUUCGAGCACUACCUGAUCGUCUCGCACGGCCUGCGCAAGUCGUUUCUUUCAAUCAAGGGCAUCUACUACCAGGCCAACAUCCAGGGCGAGGACAUCCUGUGGCUGGUGCCCUACAAGUUCAACCAGCGUAUCGUCGGCGACGUCGACUUCCGCAUCAUGGGCACCUUUGUCGAGUUCUACAUGACGCUGCUGGGAUUUGUCAACUACCGCCUGUACACGUCCAUCGGGCUCAAGUACCCGCCCAAGUUCGACCAGCUCAAGGACGACCAGGGCGCCGAGCUGGGCGCCUUUGCCCUCGAGGGCGUCAACAUUGCCACCAACGGCGCCAAGGCCGCCGUAGGCGGCGACGCUGAGUACGGCCCGGACCCCAUGCUGCAGGCCGCAGUCGAUAAGCUGGUGCGCCAGCUGAAGGAGGAGCCCGGUGUUGAGUCCGAGGUGAUCGUUGACGCCGAGGAGGUGCCCAGCGACGCCCUCGACAAGUUCGAGCCGGUGGCGCCUGGCGGUGACGUGCUGCCCCAGCCCUCGCACAGCAGCAGCGACCCCGCCGAGCUGUUCGCGGGGAUGACCUUCUUCCUGUCGCGCGAGACGCCGCGGCAGCCGCUCGAGUUCAUCCUGCGGGCAUUUGGCUGCAAGCGGAUAGGCUGGGACUCUGUGCUCGGCGAGGGCUCCUUCACAACCGACGAGUCGGACCCGGCAAUCACGCACCAGAUCGUCGACCGGCCGGUGGUGCAGGCGGCCAUGAGCAGCGAGGGCGACGGCGAGGACAACCAGACGUCGCAGAAGGUGGACCCGAACCAGCGGUACCCGGGGCGCGUGUACGUGCAGCCGCAGUGGGUCUGGGACUGCGUCAACAACGACGAGCUCAAGAGCCCGGAGCUAUACGCGCCCGGCGCGCCGCUGCCCCCCCACCUGAGCCCCUUUGUCAAGACGGCGCAGGGCCAGUACGACCCCACGCUGCCGCUUGAGGUGCAGGAGACGGAGGCCGAGACGCUCGACGCGGACCUUGCCGAGGUCGACGAGGCAGAGGGCGACGAGGUGGACAACGACAUGGACGUCGAGUCGGGCAACGACGACAGCGAGGAGGAGGCGGCCGCCGAGCUGUCGGAGGAGGAAGAGGACGAGGAGGACGAGGAGGACGAGGAGGACGAGGAGGAGCCUGCGACGCUGCAGCGGCAGCGCGAGCUCGAGGCUGAGAUCGCGGGCAAGGCGGUAGCGAGCAAGACGGUAGACGCCAAGACCAAGGCGAAGCUAGAGGCGCGCAAGGCGCUGGAGAAGAAGACACGUGAGGAGGCCGAGGACCUGGAGCGGGCCAAGGGCAUGCUGAGCAAGAAGAAGCGCAAGCUGUUUGAGCAGAUGCAGUACACUAACAACAAGAAGAGCGCCGAGGACAUGAAGCUGCGGUCGAAGCGGAGGAAGAUGGAGAAGGAGCUGGCGAAGAAGGCGUGA